CAGCAAACGUCGAAUUCCAUAUGAAAAUUUUCCUUUGCAGAAUUUGUGGAGCGUUCGUAGCAACGAAUGCAGCAAAUAUUAUUCAAGUACAUUGGAUGGAAAGAAUUCAUAGAAUUUUGAUGAGGAGAUUUCCAUAGAGAUUAAUCCUUCAAGAUGAUGGAACUAAGUUUAAACCGAGUGGAUUAUCUCCAGGUUGGAGUGACAUGCCCUCGUACUAUGAGAUUGUUACCAGAGAAGAAAGCCAAAGCUCCUCAGAAGGUGGCGGUAGCUGAUCAGGCAGGAAUUAUUCAGUGUUUUAAUAUCAAGAAAGGGGAGGCAGCGAGUGCCUUCAAGACGUUACCAGGUCCCAAGAUAUCUCGUUUAGAGCUGGGCGGAAGCCUUGGGUCCCUGGCAGAUAAGAUCUUCGUCGCUUGUGGGUCCGAGGUCAAAGGUUUCACAAAGAAGGGCAAACAGUUUCUGGGUUUUGAUACAAAUCUGACUGAGAGCAUCAAAACUAUGUGGGUGUGUGGCAGCCAUCUUUUCAUUGGUGGUAACUACAUCUUCAACCACUAUCUGGAUUGCAAGGAUGAGAAUUACUACCUCUGCAGUGAUCGCAUCAAUGACCUCUUGUGCUUACCGAUGACCCGGGUCAAAGAGGUCACACCAGUGUUGGCCUGCCAAGACCGAGUGUUGCGGGUGAUCGAAGGAUCUAAUCUACUCUAUGAGGUAGAGGUGGCCGGUCCUCCGCAGUCCCUCAGUAUCUUUGCCGAUGAAGGAGGUGAAGAUGGUGAAGAUGUCCUGUAUGGAACAUCAGAUGGUAAAGUCGGUUUGGUUCAGUUAAACAGAAUAUCCCCCAGUCAUAAAUGGGAGAUUCCAAAUGAGAAACGCAAUGGUGGAGUCCUGUGCAUGGAUAAUUAUGACAUUACAGCUGACGGGAUCUCGGAUCUUUUAUUAGGUCGUGAUGAUGGGAUGAUAGAAGUCUAUGGUUACAAUGAUGCCGAUGAGCCAAUACUUAGAUACAGUACAACCUUAUCUGAGAGUGUGAGCUCAAUACAAGGAGGGGUGGUCAAUUCUUCAGGGUUUGAUGAAGUUGUAGCAUGCACUUAUGCUGGAUGGAUGCAGGGCCUAACCACUGAACCAAGCCACAAAGAAGCAGGUCCAGGUCAAAAGGUCCAAGUCUCAGAUGAAACACAAGGCAAAAUUUCUCAUCUAAAGAGUGAGUUAGAAUCACUUCAGAGCAAAGUAAUGCAGGAGAGAGAGAAGUACCAUUACCAAGCCAUGAAUACCAAGGCCAUCUCUGCAGUCCCUCAGUUCAACAUCAAUGAUCGGUUCUCACUGAAUCGAGACGAUGCUAGCUAUACACUCAGCAUCGAGGUCCAGGUUGCUAUCGACAAUGUCCUUCUUCAGAGCGAUGUUCCGAUUGACUUACUGGAUACAGAGAAGAACACAGCUGUAGUCAGCUACAGUGCUUGCGAUACAGAGAAUGGAAACUUUUUAUUAGCUACGUACCGUUGCCAGGCCAACACGACGAGACUUGAGUUGAAGAUUCGUAGCAUAGAGGGUCAGUAUGGGACGUUACAAGCGUACAUCACACCUAGACUGCAGCCUAAGACCUGUCAACUAAGACAGUACCAAAUCAAACCACUCUCACUUCAUCAACGUACACAUAUGCUUGAUGACUCAAGGCCAAUGAAUCAAUUAAAACUGACAGGUCAGUUUAGUCUUGCUGAGAUUCAUUCCUGGGUGUCCUAUUGCUUACCUGAGAUACCUGAGAGAACACCUCCAGGAGACUCCAUCAACUUUCAUUUCCUCUCUACAUUCCUUGAUACACAGCUAGAUUGUCUCUACAGGAAAGGGGAGGGCAUCUUUCGCUCAGACAAUAUCUCGACCAUCUCAAUCUUAAAGGAUGUUCUCACCAAGGAAGCCACUAAGAGAAAGAUCAAUCUCAACAUAUCUUAUGACCUAGCUGAUGAGUCUGUAGCUAAUACUCUGAGACGUAUUCAUCCUAAGCUUGAGUACCAGCUGUUGCUUGCAAAGAAAGUCCAGCUUGUUGAUGCUCUUAAGGAGCUACAGAUCCAUGAAGGAGAUCUUGAAUUCAUGUCUCCUGAAUAUCGUCAGAUCCUUGAGGAGGCUGAUACGCUCCAGCAGGAGUACAAGAAACAACCAUGUCACCUUGAAAGACUCUACGGGAUGAUCACGGAUCUCUUCAUCGAUAAGUUCAAGUUCAAGGGGUCAAAUGUCAAGACGAAAGUGCCUCAGCUCUUGGAAGUCUUAGAUAACUAUGAGCUUGACAACCUGAUCGGUUUCUUUGAUUCAGGGGGAGUGUGAAUGUUACACAUUUACUUUUGUCAGUGAUUUUCACUCACUUAUUUGCUCUGAGCCAAUCAGAUGCUAGGAUUUCAGUAGCUUAUAACAAAUAGUCAGUGAAAAUCACUCACUAUUUGUUUCAUGAAAUGCGCCUAUGGUCCAACUUCAUUUUGUCUUCAUCUAGUUUGCCUUCUCACCAUUGAGACUAAUUCCACUUCGCCUCAUAGCCAGUUUUUCUAUUAUUCAGUUUUAAUCUAAAAAUAUCUGGAUUAUAUUUCAUUGUUUCAUAAAGCUGUUUGUAGAGUUAAGAACAAUUUUAUGCCUAAUUUUAUCAUUUCAUUGGUGCCCAGUCAGGAACAUAGGGAUAUCCUGAAAGGGUCACUGAUCGUUUGUAAAAUUAUGUGCAACUUACGAACAGCUUUAUGUGAAAUGGCCCUAGGUCAAUUUCACUUCAUCCAAGGUGAGAUAGCAAUUAUACUAAAUAUUAAAUGAAUUUGGAUCAAAUGACAAUCGGCUAAAGUGGUCAUUAGACCUGGUAAUUAUACCAAAUGUCAAUAAGAAGAAAUGAAACAUGGACCAAAAGAGUUUAGCUCAAAUGAGUUUUGGUCUUUAAAUUAGGUCAAGUGGUUUUAGACAAAGUGUGCAUCAAUCAUGUUGCAUUAAUUCUAAAUCUGUUCCAUUCACAUUGAGAUUUUAAGCUUGUAAGUCAGUUUGAUAGUGGAAGUAAAUAAUAAAUUUCCUUCCUGUACAUUUAUUGGUUGCUUUGAGUGACUCGGAGCUGAUAGGAAGGGGUAAAGUGCAGUACAGUCAGCAAGGAAUUACAUGAGUUUUAAUAUGAGGUGGAAACUAUUAACAAUUAAUAGUUGUUUCAUUACAUGGCCCCCCCCCGGGAUCCCAUUAAAGGUUGAAGUGUAUCACUUUCAAAUGAAUUGUAAAAUUUUUAGAAUUCUAGUGCUAAUCUUAAAUAGAGAGGUGCACAUAUCCACUCCAUUCAUUUAUCACAUCUGUACCUGACUUUUUUUCAAAAAGACCACUUAUCUUCAAAAGAUAUGGGUCCUUGUCAUAAGACUCAUGAUUUUAUGCAAACAUCUGUGAAAAAACCUUGCACAUUCAUAUGACAAAGUACUAGUAUUAGGUAACAUAGGGUUAAUUGGACCUGAAGAUUUUUAAAAAGUUUGUUUAGUGAAAAAUAAGCCAUUCUUAUCCUAAAUCCGAGUUUGAUUAAAUGUUCAGCUUAUGCUUGUUUGAUUUUACUCUAUUCAUACAAAUCAACGUUUUUAGGGGGGGGACUUGACAUUUAAAUAGUUUGAAUUUCAUUUUUCUAGCAUUCAUGUUGUUUAUUCACAUUUUUCUUGUAUUUAUUAGUUUCUGGAUUUUAAUACGGUUAAUUUUAAAAAACAAAUUACUAUUAGUUGAAGAUGAGAAUAAUGUGAUUUUCUUAAGACAGGUAUAUAGAUUCAGAUAUAGUUUGAAAGUCUUCUCUCCCCCAUCCCAUAAAAAGAAAAUGUUUAUCAUGCAAGUUUUGGGUGUCGAGAUUUAAACCUGUUAAAUGGUUACUUGUACAAAUCAAGAUGCAUGUCUGCAAACAUAUACAGAAGAUAUGUUGCUGUCCAUUAUUACUUAUCAGUUGUGUUUUUAUUGUGAAAAAGAAAUCAAAAUUUACCAAAUCGAGGCAAAAACGGCGGACUGUAGAACAAGGACCUUAUUAAGAGACUGUCAUAUAUUGGUAUAACUAUUGUCUUGAGUGUUCAACUCAUUAUGCAUUCAGGCGGGUGUUUCACAAAGAUUUAAGUAUGACUUAAGUCGCACUUAAAUGCCGAUGCAUACAAGAUAUGCAACGCGCAAUCUUAUUGAUCAAUACGCAGUAGUGCGUGUCCUCUUCGCAUGAUCUGACCAAUGCGGUCAUGCCUUUUGUACCGCAUGCAAGUGCGACUCUAAGUCAUACUUAAAUCUUUGUGAAACACCCUCCUGGUUCUAAUUUUUUUUAUGGAUGGAAGGAGGAAUAAAAAGGUAUUGGAAGAAGUGUGCCAACUUUUCUUGAAGGUCACCUUCAACACAAAUCUCAUCAAGAAAGGUGAAAUCUACAACAAGAGAUUAAUUAAUGACAAGAUGUAAUGUACAAGCAUUGAAUUUCAGAGGUCUGAAAUCAACAAGCAAUUAAUAUUUGAUGUUGAUUCUACAUUCCACCUGUCAAUCCUAGUGUGAAAUGUACUCUCAGUUGGGAUGAAAUGAACAAGCAAGUUAUGCUAAUGAGGCCAGUGAAAUGUACACUUUAAUAUUAAACACAGAGGAAUCUAGGUUACAGUUACCAACAAGUUCAUGAUUUUUUUUUUAAUUGGGUAAAAAAAAAUGAUUGUUUCAAAAUCAGCUUUUCCCUCAACACUUCAAGAUAUGUCAUAAUUUUUUAUUGCAAGUGGGUUAAUUGCCUUCAAUUGCAAAUGUAAAUUAUAAUUUGCUUAUGGAUCAACUUUAACUUUGUACUUGCAUUUGCAAGAAGCAUACUGGUGAUCAAAUGGAAGUUUGCAAUUAAUUUCAAGAUUGAUUUUCAUUUGUAAAUUUGAUCCCGAUGGAUCAAUUUAAACUUUGUUUUAGUUUGUUCUUUGGGCCUGAUGUUAGCAUCAUAAAAAUACUGAAAAGUGAUUGAAAUAAAUAGUAUAAAAACUGUUUUUAAAAAAAGAAGAUAAUAAUAAGUCAUGCCAAAUGCAAGUUUGCUGCGAUUAACUUGAAGAUAUCUGAUAUGGUUACAAUUUCCAUUUUGAAAUUUGAUAUUGAUAGAUAAAUUUCAAGUAUGAAAAAAUAAAUUUAUACUACAGUGUAUCUGCUGCAAUAUGCAGAGGAGUAAUCAAAUAAACAUUUUCAAUAAUUUCACAACCCAUUUUAGAAUUGCAAUGAUCUAAAUCUUGAUACAAUGCUUUGACAGUUUGGUCAACUUUAAAGAAAGAUUCAGUUUCAAAAAGAACUUCCUUUACUAUUAAGAAAAAACAACAGUUUGUAUUCACCUUGAUAAAAAGGGAGAGGGGGAGGCUUACUAUGUAGUGUUCUACCGCCAGCCUUACACGCACUAAUGUGAGAUUAUGAUUUUUUUUUUCAUUUGUUUCUGUAAAUAAACAAGAUUGACUAUUUAAGAUCUGUAAAAUAUCUCUAUUCAUUGUGUCUAUAUGUGUAUAGAAUAAAUCAAUACUUAGACUACCAAA